UGAUGCUCAAUUCUCGCCACUCGGGCACAUUCAACAUACAAGUUCAUCCUUCCUUUCGGCUCGUCGAAAGCUCUCGCCAAAAGUCGAGAAUUCAUCGACUCGUUGUACCGCUCUCUCUCUCUCUCUCUCUCUCUCUCUCUGUGACAACUCCCUAUCUUAACUGCUGCGUAGAUCGGAUCUCCUCGCUGUCACACACAUCCAGCAUGUCAGGACCCGCAGCAUCGAGCGAGGAUCUAGGUCGAUUGUGCAUGGAUGGCAAUGCCAAUCUCGCACUACGACACCUCUCAUCUCUAUCUGCCGAAGAAGCCAAAUCAGCAGUGCAAUCUGUCGAUGUGGACGGACGGACACCACUGCAUUGGGCCGUCUCUUCCCGCUCCUUUACCCGAGACUCUUUACGCUCCCUUCUCAAUUACGGCGCAGAAGUGUCGAGCGUGGACAAGGGAUCGGGCUGGACAGCUUUGCACAUCGCUACCUCUGCAUCGCACGCGGAUGCGGUGGAUGAAUUGCUGUAUCACGGAGCAGAGGUGAAUGCGAAGACUCCGAAGGGCUUGACCCCUUUGCAUUAUGCGGCCAGCAAAGGCUUGACGGAUAUCGGAAGAGCAUUGCUCAAGGCAGGUGCGCUGGUCAAUGCCAGGGAUAAUGCCAAGCAAUGCCCCAUACAUCGAGCGGCGUCAAAUGGUCACGACGCUUUCAUUCGCAUGCUUGGCAAGCCUCCAGCCAGAGCGGACGGAACAGCUCACGAAAAGACCAGGGUCAAUCCUGCCGAUCGACUAGGCAACACUCCGUUGCAUCUCGCAUUGGAAUCGGCUCACGGCAACACGGCUGUGAUUCUGGUCGAAGAGCUCGGGGCUGACAGAUCGAGGAUCAACGAGGAUGGUUUGACAGCUGAACAGAUGGAAGGGGUGGGCGGUCAAGAGCAGAAGAGGGUGUUGGAUUACUUUCGAAGCAGCGUAGGAGUGGAGGAUUGAAGGGACAGAAAGUGAAAUACAUGCGUGGCUUCAUUACUCCGGGGUGAGACACGUCUGCUGUAAUCAAGUCGCUUCGGAACUCCAGCGAUCUGUCGAACCAGCUGCGUGACCUCGCAAGGAGUUUCUGCGAAGCUCGCCGAUCUCUAGGGUACGCCCCGCCGUUCAACCAGACUACUCCUAGCCCUCACACCGCACACACACGCCCAAGCAUCACUUCUCUCCAGGUCGCUUCUCCCCCCUCACUCUCUUUCCAUUUUGCACCCGA